UCAUUCUUAUAAUUUUCAAUUCGAAAUUGGCAAAAUAAAUUCGAUUUUAUAACAAAUAAAUCAUGUCGCAAUCUGUUAACGGCACAUCACCUGUUGCACCUAUUGAAGACAGCAAGGUUAGGUUAUUAGUCGUCUCAAAUCGUUUGCCAAUUACCAUUACGAAGACAGAUACAGACUAUUCCCUUAAAAUGUCUUCGGGUGGGUUGGUAACCGCUCUAAGUGGAUUAAAGAAAAUGAUGAGUUUUACCUGGAUUGGCUGGCCUGGUAUCAAUGUGCCAGAAGAAGAAAGAUCAAUUGUUGCUUCUAAAUUGGAACAACAAUCUUGUUUACCAGUUUUCGUUGAUGAAGACAUAGCAGAUCGACAUUAUAAUGGAUUUUCUAAUUCUAUUUUAUGGCCAUUGUUUCAUUAUCAUCCUGGUGAAAUUUCAUUUGAUCAAGAAGAUUGGGAAGCUUAUCAAAAAGUCAAUGGACUUUUUGCUGAUGCUAUUAAUGACAUUGUACAAGAUGGUGAUUUGGUUUGGGUACAAGAUUAUCAUUUAAUGUUACUGCCUAGUAUGUUAAGAGAACGGAUGGGCGAUCGUGGAUCCAAUGUAAAAAUUGGAUUCUUUUUACAUACACCAUUUCCAAGCAGCGAAAUAUAUCGGAUUUUGCCUGUACGUAAAGAAGUACUUAACGGAGUAUUGAAUUCUGAUCUCAUCGGUUUUCAUACAUAUGAUUAUGCUCGUCAUUUCUUGUCCUCGUGUACACGUAUUUUAGGUUUGUCUACCAUGCCAAAUAGUAUAGAUUAUGAAGGCCGACAUGUACAUGUUGGUACAUUUCCCAUCGGUAUUGACCCUGAAAAAUUUUCUGAAGGUUUAAAACUUCAAAAGGUUCAAGAAAGAAUUAAGACUUUGGAGUCAAAAUUUAAGGAUGUUAAACUUAUUGUUGGUGUAGAUCGCCUUGAUUACAUCAAAGGUGUUCCACAAAAGUUUCAUGCACUUGAAGUAUUCUUAAGUCAACAUCCCGAAUGGAUUGGUAAAGUUGUACUUGUUCAAGUAGCUGUGCCUUCUAGACAAGACGUAGAAGAAUAUCAAAAUUUACGCGCUAAUGUCAAUGAACUUGUCGGAAGGAUCAAUGGCAAAUUUGGAACUGUCGAAUUUAUGCCAAUUCAUUUCAUGCACAAAUCUAUUCCAUUUGAAGAAUUGGUGGCUUUAUAUUCAGUAUCAGAUGCCUGCUUAGUUUCAUCAACAAGAGAUGGUAUGAAUCUCGUGUCAUAUGAAUACGUAUCAUGUCAACAAAAAAAACAUGGAGUAUUGAUUCUUAGUGAAUUUGCUGGUGCUGCUCAGUCAUUAAAUGGUUCUAUCAUUGUUAAUCCAUGGAACACUGAUGAACUCGCUAAUGCUAUUCAUGAGGCUGUUACUAUGCCUGAAGACAUACGUAAAUCGAAUUACGAAAAAUUAUACCGGUAUGUUACUAAAUAUACCGCGGCUUAUUGGGGUUCGAGCUUUGUCAAUGAAUUAAGGCGUGUUAGUGAUGCAUAUGCUCAUCAUAUGCGGCUUCCAGUAUUGAAAUUUAAUCCAGUAGUAGAAGCUGCAAAGAAUUCUAAAAAGAAGAGGGUAAUCUUAUUAGAUUACGAUGGUACUCUAACAGCCGAUCACAAGUUACCUGAAUUUGCAGGUCCAUCCAAUAAUGUUCUUUUAACUCUUAAAGCUCUUCAAUCUAAACCUAAUACAUGUGUUUAUAUAUUAUCUGGACGCGGAAGGGAACACCUUGAUAAAUGGUUUGAUUCAACUGGAAUUGGUCUUUCUGCCGAACACGGAUGUUUUUAUAAACAUCCUGAAUGGUUAAAAGGAGAAGUUGAUCCAGUUGCAAAUUGUUUAUCUGAAGGAAGAACAAUCAAAGAUGAAGGUAAUGGAUGGUAUAGACUUGUGGAACAAGUUGACCCUGCAUGGAAGGAAACUAUUCUUCCGCUAUUUGAACAUUAUAAGGAGAGAACACCUGGAUCUUUUAUUGAAAUUAAGGAAAUUAAUGUAACAUGGCACUAUCGUAGUGCUGAUCCGGAAUUUGGUUCAUGGCAAGCAACUGAACUUCAAGUUAAUUUAGAAAAACUUUUAUCUCAUAUGGCUUUAUCAAUUGUACUUGGUAAUAAGACCUUGGAAAUUCGACCAUCUGCGGUUGAUAAGUCAACAGCAGUACGGGCUAUCCUUAAAGAUUUACAUCAACCACAGGAUGAAGUAGAUUUUAUUCUGUGUAUUGGAGAUGGCAAAACUGAUGAACCAGUAUUUUCUUUAUUAAAAGAAAUUUCACCUGAUAGUAUUACUAGUACAGUUGGUAAAAAACAAACUGAAGCAAAAUACUGCCUUGAUAAUGUUGGUAAUGUUCAAAGUUUAUUAGAAAGAUUAGCUAAAGAAUUAUAAUAAAUCUGACUCUAGUGAAAUAUUGGUUGAUUGUAAUCUAUUGACAAUUCGAAUUAAGCCUAUUAGAAACUAAUACAGAUUAAUAUAUUCAAAGUAAUUAAAUAAUUGUUUAAUUGUAUAAACAUAUUUUUUUUUUUGUAUAUAAAUUAUUUAAAA